AGUGGCACAACGUAACUCCGUGCGUCACUUUACGUGCUGCAAACUGCACAAACACGAGCGAAACUUUGGAUUUAAACUUUUGCGGAUUAUUUUUGGAAGAAAGAGAAGAGAAAAUAUUAAGUUUUUGGAGCGGAAGAAAGAGUUUGACGGGAAUUUAUCGGAAUAUGAUUUGAACUAAGGAGAAGGCUGCUGCUGCUGCUCCGAAACAGGAUGUCUGCCUCUGGUCUGUACCCCUCACUGCUGCUCCUCCUCUGGUCUCUUCUCUCCUCUGCCUCCUCUCAGUGCGACCACUCCUCUGAAAACUCCAAAAUCAACUUAAAUGUGGACUACAAACUUCCCACUUUCACUUCGGAAUUCCCAAUCCAAAACAUGGUCACACUGGACGGAAUCAUUUAUGUCGGUGCUACGAACCGGAUCUACGCCUUGUCGCCAAAUCUCACCAAACUCUCGGAAUACAGCACAGGACCAUUGAGAGCGAACGAAACUUGCAGACUUCAAACACACAAUCCGAACACUAAACUCGACAAUCGGAAUAUUGCCUUGGUAACGGAAAACAUUUACGAUAAAGGAUUGUACAGCUGCGGAUCUGCAGAUAACGGGAUUUGCAGACGGCACGUUUUGUAUGAAGAUGACGAAAUUGGCCCCAAAAUGGUUGAUGAUGAGGUCUACUGUUUUACCGAUAGAGCUAGGCUCCGUAAAGGAGUUGAUUCGGAUGUUGUUGUUAGCGCUUCCGGAUCACAAGUUCUCAACGUAGAAAGCAACCUAAUCAAAUUCUUCGUCGGAAAUUCGGAAAUCCCUGGUAACACAACAACACCAAACACGCACACAAUCUCUGUACGUAAAAUGAAAACUAGCCAAAACGGAUUCACGUUCUUUUCUAGCGGCGCGCACAUGGAUUUGCUAGCAUCUUUACGUGGAAACUACUACUUACGCUACGUUUAUUCCUUCAACAGUGGACCAUUUACGUACUUUCUAACAGUACAACACGUCAGUAAAGAUUCAACAGCUUUCCACACCCGAAUUAUACGAAUGUGCGCAACCGAUUCGGUAAUUAGACGCUACGUGGAGAUGCCACUCCAGUGCAUUAGCACGGACAAACGGCGCAAGCGCUCCACGGAAGACGUUCAAGUUUUUAACAUCCUGCAGGGGGCGUACGUGAGCAAAAUCAAGGAAGACACGGAGUUGCAGAAGCAGCUGAAAGUUGGACCGAAUGACGAUGUGUUGUUUGCUGCGUUUGCCAAAGGGAAACCGGACUCUCCCGAAGCUACGUCAGAUUCGGCGGUCUGUGUCUUCUCUUUAAAUCACAUAAACAACAUGAUCCGGAGGUACAUGCAGAGCUGCAGCACCGUGGAGCCGUACCACUUCACCGGCACCGAUCACAAAUCCUGCUACAACGUGACGUCUUCAGACGAGUGUGACCCUCAUGAGGGCAUGCACGAGGGCAGAGAGAGCACAUAUCGUCUGCAGAUCACACAGUUUCUGCCCAGACUGGAGUACUGGCACCAGGACCUGUCCCACACUCUCCUCACCUCCAUCACCGUGGCAACCGUGCACGCCAGGACGGUGGCCUACCUGGGCACCAGCGACGGUCGCCAUCUACAGAUCCUAUUCUCGCGCUCCUCCUCUCCUCACGUGAACAUCGCUCUGGACUCUGCACCCGUCUCCUCCAGCCUCCUCCUACAGGACCAAGGAAGGCUCCUUGUCGCCACCGGCAACAAGAUCACAUCGGUGCCUCUGAUUGGCCCUGGCUGUGAUCAGCUGACCACAUGUACUUCCUGUUUGCUGUCUUCGAGAGUAACGGAGUGCGGAUGGUGCAACGGGCGCUGUACGAGAUCCAGUCAGUGUUCAUCUGCAGAGUGGAGCCAGGAGUACUGCGCUCCUGUCAUUACUAAGUUCUGGCCGAUCAGCGCCCCCCUUCGCGGCUCCACGUCCCUCACCAUCUGUGGACACAACUUUGGCUUUGAUAAAACCGAAAGCUUCAGGUCGUCCAUGGUCAGUGUGGAGGUGGGAGGAGCCUCCUGCAAACUGGACCGACACGGAGGGUUCAACAGGUGGACAGAGCUGCAGUGUACGCCGGUUUUCAACGGGAAUUUUACGAUAAAAAAUAAAGAUGUAAAAGUGACCAGUGGAACCAAAGUGGCCAAGAUGGAGGGCUUCGCUUUUGGGGAGCCUGUGAUCCAUGAAAUCUUCCCGACAUUUGGGCCUAAAUCUGGGAACACGAUGCUGACGAUCCGAGGAGCGUUCUUAGACUCUGGAAAUAAAAGGGAGGUGACAGUGGGAAAAGGAGCCUGCAAGAUACAAAGCCUGUCGUCGUCGAUGGUAACCUGUAAGACUCCGCCUCAGCCCCUCCCCUCACAGGAAGUGGUCCGGUUCAGCCUGGACUCUGUGGAGCUCAGGGCCCCAAACGUCUUCUCAUACAACCAGGACCCCAUCAUCAACAGCAUCCAGCCCUCCAGGUCCUUUGUGAGUGGCGGCUGCACAGUUUCAGCUCACGGUUUCUUCCUUCAGUCUGGACUUCAGCCUGAGAUGGUCCUCACCACCAGUCACGACCAGCACGUCUUCCAUGUGAGUUGUGUUUAUGGAGAGAACCACACAUCGAUCCAGUGCACGACCCCAUCCCUGGCCAAACUGUCUCUGCAGCCCCCCCUAGUGACCAAAGUGUCCUUUAUCCUGGAUGGAUUCUCCACAGACCAAUGGGACCUGGUCUAUGUGGAAGACCCGCUGUUCCAGGACCCAAAACUCACCUCCAAGGACAACAAGAGCAUAGUGGAGCUGAAGGGUGACCGGAUGGAUCGUGAGGCAAUGAAGUGCCAGGUCCUGACCGUGUCCAACCACAGCUGUGAGAGUCUGACCCUGGUGGGGAACACACUGGAGUGUACUGUGCCCCACGAACUACAGCAGAAGGAGCUGCAGGUCCAGUGGCGUCAGGCGGACUCAAUCAGGUCUCUGGGUGUGGUGACUCUGGCUCAGGAGCAGGACUUCACAGCUCUGGUGGUGGGCUGUGUCUGUGUGUCUGUGCUGCUGCUCGGGCUGGUCUCCCUGCUCCUGUGGAGGAGGAACAAACACAUCGACGAUCUGUCUGAAGUGUGGUACGAUGGCAGAGGGCACAUCCAGCACUUGGACAGACUGGCCAAUGCGCGCAGCGUCAGUCCCACUAACGAGAUGGUGUCCCACGAGUCUGUGGACUACCGCACCACACUGCUCGAUGAUCCAAAUAACGAGCGUCCUGAGUCUUGCCGCGCGGUCCCGGUGUACGGAGGGAGUGGAGAGCUGUUGCACCACCGUGGAGCGAUAGGGGGUGCUAUGGGGCCGGAUGAGUUCAUGUCUCCUCUGCUCUCUGGGGCUCCCGUUCACAUAGACCCGAGCUGUCUGCACCCAGAUCUGCUCCGAGAGGUUCAACAUGUGGUGAUCAGCAGAGACCGGCUCAUACUGCACCUGCACCAAGUCAUAGGGAGAGGACAUUUCGGUUGCGUUUUCCAUGGAACUCUCCUGGAGCCUGAUGGACAGAACCAGCACUGCGCCGUCAAGAGCCUCAACAGGAUCACAGACCUGGAGGAGGUGUCCCAGUUCCUAAAGGAGGGAAUCAUCAUGAAGGACUUCAGUCAUGAGAACGUUCUGUCGCUGCUCGGCAUCUGUCUGCCACCAGAGGGCUCCCCGCUCGUCGUGCUGCCCUACAUGAAACACGGAGACCUGAGGAACUUCAUACGUGACGAGGGACAUAACCCAACAGUGAAGGACCUGGUGGGCUUCGGUCUGCAGGUGGCCGGAGGAAUGGAGUAUCUGGCCUCUAAGAAGUUUGUGCACAGAGAUCUGGCUGCACGAAACUGCAUGUUGGAUGAGAGCUACACGGUGAAGGUGGCAGAUUUUGGUUUGGCUCGAGACGUUUAUGAAAAAGAAUAUUACAGCGUUCACAAUAAGAGCGGAGUGAAGCUGCCUGUGAAGUGGAUGGCCCUGGAGAGUCUGCAGACGCACAAGUUUACACACAAGUCUGACGUGUGGUCGUUUGGCGUGCUGCUGUGGGAGCUGAUGACCAGAGGAGCUCCUCCGUACUCAGACGUCAACUCCUUCGACAUCACAGUGUUUCUAAUGCAGGGACGGAGACUACUACAGCCAGAGUUCUGCCCAGACGCACUGUACACAGUGAUGAUCGAGUGCUGGCAUCCCAAACCGGAGCGUCGUCCUUCCUUCUCCGAGCUCGUGUCCCGGAUCUCCUCCAUCUUCUCGUCCUUCAGCGGCGAACACUACGUCCUCCUCAACACCACCUACGUCAACAUCGACAAGCUCAGUCCCUACCCCUCUCUGCUGCCCCCCUCUGGAGGCGACCACAACUGCACCUCCUCCAACGAUUCCAGCGGGGAGAGCGCGCUACUCAACCUCACCACACAGGGGGCGCUCUUCUGCAACCCCAAGCACCACUGUUACGCUUAAACCGGCGGCGGAGAUGUUAAGAGACUCGUAAUGAGAGACACAGAUGUACAGAUAGUGAAGCGAACACUGCCAUUUUGAACUUUUAUUCCUCAAAACUCAAAAAUGUGAAGUUUUCAGACAGGAUUUAAGAGGAGAAUUCUAAACCUACGCUCAGAAAUAUGAAAUAGCUUUAAGUAAAUGUUUUAUGUCAAAGUUUAUGUUAAAGGUCCUUUAUUACACAAAAAUACAAAAUGGACUAUGUUAUAAUGUUACCUUAUGAAAAACAAACAUGAUGAGGAAACAUUAUAACAUAAAUCAGAAAACAGCGUAAUACGGGCCCUUUAAUCAAAAUUACACGUUUUAAGUAUAUUUGUUUUGGCUCAAGCUCAGACUGCCCUCGGUCCAGCGACGACUGCAGUGUCAGAGGCGUUUUGUUGUGGUUUGACACUCACUCUGCUCAAACUAUAACUAUUCCUUUAUGAAGGGAAAAGGCUGCAGUCGGCGUCCGGUUCCCAGUGGAAAAAAUCAGGAGCUCCUCCAUCAGCACCACCUCUGUGUCACUGAGGGAGUGCUUCUUUUAUAAAUACAGUGGAAAAUACAGCCGAGUGUAGAUUCCAUAGGUUUUUUCAUGUUUUUUGUGUAGGUUUGUUUGCUUUUACCUGGCAACCGUGAACCACCGGACCAGAGCUGAACCGUGUGCAGUCUGAGCCCAGGGUAUUGUGUUUUUCUCUUGUUUUUUUAACUUUUUUAACAAGAUUUUGCCAAUACAUAAGAUUCAAUUAAUAACAUUCAAUCCCAUUCUCUAAAUAAAAUAUGGGAUAAUAUGUUUUAUUUGAAAUCAGUAGCCCAUUUUUGAUCUUUUGUGUUCGGGUCUCAUUCUGCAUAAAUAGAGUCUGGACAAUGUUGAGUUUGCUUAACUCACAAAAGGACAGAAAGAUUAUUGUUGAAGAAAAAAAUGAAAAGAAGCCUUCACUGCCAUUUUAUAUUUUUGAUUUCACAGAGACAAAAGUUAAAAAUGUGAAAUAGACAAGAUUCAGACUUGACUGAUUUGGAAACGUACGGAUCACAUUCUGUAAUAUGGGAGUUUGGACUUUGGAUUUUUUGCUUGAAAUCUGUUUUUAAAAAGAUAAUUGUUGCUUGUGGGUGUAGUUCUUUACUGCUACCUGUUGGUGACGCUGUUCUGGGUCAGUUCAAAGCUACUGUAGUGUAUUACUUUUGUCAAUAGAAGUUUUGUUUUUAAUCUCAAGUCAAGAAAACAUUUACCUACUCCCUGUUGAUCAUUUUGGGGGGAAAAAAUUUCAAACUGUACAAUAUUGUUUUGAUUUUUAUUUUAUUUUAUUUUAUUUUUAUUUACUAGUUUUUGUCCCUGUCCACAGAAAAAUGCACUGUAUAAAUGUGGACUUAAAUUGCACUAAAACUAAAGCAGGCCAAAAAUAAUGAAGAAUCAUAACAGGAGAAGAGCCAAAACAUUAUGACCACAGCCAUUUUGUAAACUGCGUGUGACUCUACUGUACAGACGACUUUCUAAAUGUCCGUUAGUGUAAUGUUGUUUAGGUAAAUUAAUUCAGAUGCCCUCCCUAACACAAACUUAUUUCUGUAUUACAGCCCCUGGUCAUUUGUUUUAAAAUUUGAAAUACAUUUACUGUAAAAUUUGUACAACAUGAAAAAAAUAUCUACAUGAGUUAAUAUGGCUUGAAUAGUUCAGAAUAUUAAUAAAGGUGCACUGUGGAACUUUCCAGGUAAAGGGUCUGCCACCUGCUUGUUUCCAUGGAGAUGUUUUGCCUGGAAUCCAUCUUGCAUUAUUAUAAUUACAGGCAUUACUAAAGCUAAAAAUAAUACCUGCUUGUUUCUGUGGAGAUAUGUUUAAUGCCUUAUUGUGGAACAUUCCAGCCAAUGCCAUAAUAUGUCCAUAUAGACGAGCAGAAAAGUUACACAGUGCUUCUUUAAUAUUGAUAGGAAUGUUACCACAGAAAUUGACAAUGUAAGUUUACUUAAAUUUAAUCCUAGUUUAGACCCAAUUUAGUCCUGAUUUAGUCCUGGUUUAGUCCUGGUUUAGUCCUGGUUUAGUCCUGGUUUAGUCCUGGUUUAGUCCUGGUUUAGACCUGGUGUAGACCUGGUUUAAUCCUGGUUUGGACCUGGUUUGGACCUGGUUUAAUCCUGGUUUGGACCUGGUUUGGACCUGGUUUGAUCCUGCGUUAUUCCAUGCUCUAUAUUCUUUUGUUGCUCUUAUCCUGGUUUGAAUGAGAGCAGAAAAGUUACAUAGUGCUUCUUUAAUACUGAUUUGACUACUUGCGUUAUUAAGUCAACUUUUUUGCUUUCCAUGUAUUUCAAAUUUAAAAUACAUUGAAAACAAAAUUACAAUCAAUGGAACAAGUAAAUACAUUGAAAUUUCAAAAUAAAUAAAAACACUUCAAAAUGACUCAAAAAUAUUACAAUUUUCAAAUAAUUUUAACUCAUGCUGAUAUGUUUUUGUGGUGUAACUGUUGCCAUACACUAUUGUAAUUAACAUGCAAUUUCUUCUGUGUAAAAUAAAUGUGUUUUUGAGCCAUGAGUGAGGGAUCCACUUCAAGGAGGAUGUAACACUUUGGACUGGAAAAUUCUCUUAACUGCUCUAAAAAUGGAACUGUUUCUCUAAAUUUAAUGUUGACGAUGUUCAAGGACUUUCAGAAGAACAUGAACUUGAAGAAAAGACUGAAGCUGGAGCGUGGAACUACUGCAAACUGUAAAUACUGAACCAAACACUGGAGGAAGUGGAGCCCUUUGUAAAUAAAAGCCUGUAUAAACUAUAUGUGUGUUUCAAAAUAAGAGUCCUGUUCUGUCAUAUGUUAUAUAAACAUGUCUGUGAAUAUGAGGUUAGUGCUGUAGAAGUGAAGUACUAUCAAAAUAAAAUAUGUUUUGUAAAAUAAA